AUGUGCCGAAUGAUGAUCUUCAGAGGACAUUGCACGUGUUGCGAUCAGCCUCAGACUUGGGUUGACUUGACCCAAGAACUGUCCUGCCUUGAGGCUAAGAACAACGGAUGGUUUGGUGGAUGCCGCCGAGGUAUCCUCGUCCAAGAGCACGAUUUCAACCAAGAAUGCCCCGUGUGUCAUGAGGAAGACGAGGGCGUCGGAGGAUUAGAUGAAAGUCACAUAAUGCCAUUUCAACAGACAUCACAAACACAAACACAAAGCAGCCUCGGCAAGAGAACAGCUGGGGAGCGAGGAGAAUCCAGCGAUGCCUCCAAGAAGCAGAGGACUUGA